UGUGGCGGCGUGUUUCCACACAUCGUGUCCGUCACAGCCGGUCUUCCAGGCGGUCCACCACAGCUUGUCAUUUCGCGGUGCGGCGCGGCUCGGCUCGGGUCCGGUUCGGUUCAGCUGCUGGUCAGACGGUGUGCGGGUGUUCCUCCCCGGGCAGAGCCCCGCCAUGGCUCACCUCACCGAUAACCCCGCAGAUAAAGAACGGUUCGUCUGUCUCUACCCCGUCUACAUCAACAGCAAGAAGACGCUGGCCGAGGGACGCCGCAUCCCGGCCCAGAAGGCAGUGGAGAACCCAUCCUGUGCAGAGAUCAGAGACGUCUUGACGGCGACGGGAAUGAACGUCUAUGUGGAGAACAAAAUGCACCCGAGGGAGUGGAACCGGGAGAUCCAGUUCAGAGGACGAGUCCGAGUCCAGAUGAGGCAGGAGGACGGAACCUUGUGUCAGGACAAGUUCUCCACCCGCAGGGCUCUCAUGCUCUACGUGGCUGAGAUGAUCCCGAAGCUGAAGACUCGGACCCAGAAGAGCGGCGGAGGAGAGAGCAGCUCGCAGCAGACGGACGGAGGGAAGAAGAGCAAGAAGAAGAAGAAGUGACCUGCUGGAGCCGGUCCCAGCCGGUCCCAGCCGGUCCCAGCCGGUCCCAGCCGGUCCCAGCCGGUUCCAGUUAGUUAUGGUUGGUUAUAGUUAGUUAAGGCUGGUUAAGCAGUGACAGUUUCAGUUUGUCCAAUAUUUGAUUUUUAAUAAACUUUCAGACGAAUCAAA